AUGAGCGGACAGGCGACACAGGAGAACGUGGCGGGCGCCGACGCCGUCGCAGCACCAUCGCCAGACGCGAAAGUCGAAGCAAAGGAGACAGCACAGCCGAAACGUUCUUUCUUUGCAGGCUUCGUCAGCUACUUUCGCCUGCUUUUCUACGCCGAGCCUUCGUUCACCGAUGUUGCGCUGCUCCUUGUCGGCGUGUUCUCUGCGGUAGCAGCAGGUGUACCGUUUCCCCUCAUUGGAAUUGUCUUCGGUCAACUUUUGGACGAUCUCAACUCGGCGACUUGCGCCAAUGGCUCCUCCACCGAUGCCGCACAGUACCAAUCCAGCGUGAACCAGAAGGUGCUCCUCGUAGUAUACAUCGCCAUCGCUCAGUUCGUUUGCAUCUAUCUCUACAUUCUGUGCUGGAAUCUCUUCGGCGACCGACUGGCCCACCGAUUACGAGCAAAGUACUUCAGAUCCAUCCUCAAGCAGGAAGUUUCCUACUUCGACAAACUACCCGCCGGCGAUGUCUCGUCAAGGCUCACCAACGACAUCAAAACCAUUCAAGAUGGCACGUCCCAAAAAGUUGGCCUUGUUCUCGGCGUAUUAUCAAUGUUCACCACAGCGUACAUUGUUGCCUACGUCAAGUAUGCCAAGCUUGCCGGCAUCCUCACGGCACUAUUGCCAGCAUUUAUGAUCAUGGGAGUGCUCGGCUCACACUAUGUUGGUAAAUACUCAGGGCUUGUAUCAAAGCACAUGGCCGAGGCCUCGGGUAUUGCGCUCGAAUGCUUGAAUAAUAUCAUGGUCGUCCAAGCUUUCAGGGCCAACGGUCGACUGGAGCAGCGAUUUGCCGAGAAGCUAAGCUCAGCCCGGAAGGAUGGCAUCAAGAAGGCCAUGGCAACGGCAGCCCAGUCCGGCAUGCUUUACUUUCUGGCAUUUGCAGCCAACGGUCUGGCAUACUGGCAAGGUAGUCGGUUUAUUGCCGACGUGGUGGACGGGUCCCUCACUGGCAUAACCGUCGGAACAACUUAUACCAUCAUCUUCGUCAUCGUUGAUGGCACCCUUGUCCUCAGCCAAAUGGCCCCAUUUCUACAGAUCUUUGGUGCUGCCGCCGCGUCUUUCCAGCGUCUCGAGGAAGACAUCAAUCGCACAUCUCAAAUAGAUGGAACUGUUCCGCCCAGUGACGACGCAACACCUGCGUGUGAAGGCGAUUUCAGACUUGAAAAUGUCGACUUUACCUACCCUUCACGUCCAGACGUCCCUGUUAUCCAAAACGUAUCUCUACACUUCCCCGCUGGAAAGCGCACUGCGGUUGUUGGCCUGUCUGGGAGUGGGAAAUCGACUCUUGCAGGACUACUUACGAGACUCUACGAUCCCGACGCUGGCACAGUAUACCUUGACGAGAGGCCCCUACGUGAUUACAAUGUCCGCCAGUUGAGAAGCCAUAUUGGACUUGUGCAGCAAGACCCUUCACUUCUGGACCGAUCAAUCUUGGAAAACAUCGCGCUCGGCCUGGUCAACUCCUCGCGAGCGGAGCACACUAAGUACUUGCCAAUUCUAUUGGGAGACUCCCUAUCAAAGAUUGCAGAGGCCGUUCGAGGUGGGCAGGAUCUAAAUGAAGCAACUUCGUCGCAUGGGCAGCUCGCCGUCGAAGUCAUUGAUAUGGCGCAGCACGCCGCAACAAUGGCCGACUGUGGCAUCUUUCUUGGAAACCUAGAGUUUGGUUUGGCAACUGUGGUAGGCCCGAAUGGAGACCUGCUCAGCGGCGGACAAAAGCAAAGAGUUGCCCUCGCCCGAGCUCUGGUGAAGGAUCCCAGGGUUCUUCUACUAGAUGAGGCUACCUCAUCGCUAGACUCUGCCAGUGAGCAACGCAUCCAGAAGGCAAUCGAGCAAUUCACCGCUGGGAGAACCGUGAUUUCCAUUGCGCAUCGCCUAGCAACAGUCAAGACAGCAGACAACAUCGUAGUCAUGCGCAACGGAAAGGUUAUCGAGCAAGGCACCCACACGGAGCUACUCACAAAAGAUGCAGACUAUGCGGCGUUGGUACGACUUCAGAGCAUGAGCUCGGAGACAUCCAGUCUCAGCACCAAUGAGACAACUAAGGAUGUUGAGCGUACCUUUGAUGAAGUGAAAGAAGCGCCAAGCAAGGAAGUCGAGGUAUCUUCCGAGGCAACAGCUAAUGAAGCGGACGAGAACAAACCUCAAUCUGCAUCGGGAGCAAAGCCAUCACGAACCUUUGGAGCCACGUUGAAGACUAUCGGCUUCUAUACUCGGCCCUAUUCCCUCUGGCUGCUGGUCGCUUUUGCUGGUUCCGCCAUGGUAGGAGGUGCCUACUCCGGAUCAGCAUCUAUAUUCGGCAACACUGUCGGAGCUCUCAGUCCUUGCAAAGAGCCCGGCAGCAUUAGGACAUCUGGUGCAUUCUUUGGUCUUAUGUUCUUCAUCCUCGGAAUCAUCGAGUUCUGCGCUAAUGGCAUGAGUUGGUCGUCUUUUGGAUACGUCGCCGAGAAGGUUCUUUAUAUUGUCAGAAGGCUCUCCUUGCGUUCUUUGUUGGAACAAGACGUCCAUUGGCACCAAUCCGAGGGCAGAUCACCGUCCACGCUACUGCAAUACAUCACACUUGACUCGAAUGCCCUCGGAGCGCUCACUGGGUCCAUCAUCGGAACUUGCUUCACAAUCGUCGUCAACUUCCUCGUCGCUCUGAUCCUGACACACAUCCUCGCUUGGAGGAUAGCGCUGGUCUGCCUCGCUGUUGUUCCACUUAUGCUUGGAUCUGGCGUCAUGCAGCUCCGUAUUCUAGGCAAAUUCACUGCCAAGCAUGAGAAGGCCUUUUCUGAGUCAAUCGGAAUUACAGUCGAGGCAGUCAACUCCAUCAAAACCGUGGCAGCCAUGUCCCUCGAGGGGGAGGUCCUUGAGACGUACUGGCGCUCCCUCCGCAAUCCCAGAAAAGACAUGGUGCGGACCAACAUAUGGGCAAAUCUGUUCCUGGCGCUCACGCACAGUUUCGCGCACUUCGUAUAUGCCCUUGCCUACUGGUGGGGCUCGAAGCAGAUCAUUGAGGGCUAUUACACUCAGACUCAGUUCUUCAUCGUGUUGGUCGCCCUCCUCGUGAGCGCCCAGCAGUGGGGCCAACUGUUCACGCUCGGCCCCGAGGUUGCAAAUGCUGCCAGGGCUGCUGGGCGUAUCUUUGACCUCGUGGAUCAAGGAUCGACCAAUUCUAUUGAGCCUAAAUCGUCUUCCGGUGGAGAUCCGGAAGCUGCCCAUGAAGGGGAGAAAGUGAGUCCUCGCAUCGAAGGAGGCAUGCGAGUGAAGUUUAAGCAACUCCUGUUUUCAUACCCAGCACGACCUGGGCGCCAGGUCUUGAAGGGGUUGGACAUCGAUGUUCAACCAGGCCAGUUCUGUGCCCUCGUCGGACCUAGUGGAGCUGGCAAGUCUACAAUCAUUUCUUUGCUGGAACGAAUGUACCGACCAGAGUCGGGUUCCAUCGAGGUCGACGGCGUGGACAUUGCUGCCAGGAAAGAGCCAAUCUUUAGAGACGACAUCGGACUGGUUCCCCAAGACAAUAUUCUGUUCGAAGGCAGCAUUCGUUUCAACAUUGGGCUGGGAGCCCGACCAGGACAUGAGCCAUCCGACGCUGAGAUCGAAAAUGCCUGUCGGCUGGCAAACAUCCACAACACCAUCAUGUCUCUGCCGGACAAGUACGAAACCCAAUGCGGCUCCAAUGGCGGGCAGCUAUCCGGCGGCCAGAAGCAGCGGCUCGCUAUAGCAAGAGCACUCGUCCGAAAGCCACGCUUGCUGCUCCUGGACGAGUCCACCAGUGCGUUGGACGCCGAGUCCGAACGCUUGUUGCAGGAUGGCUUGGACAUGGCGACGAAGGGGAUCACGGUGAUUGCUAUAGCUCAUCGCCUGCACACCAUCCGCCGAGCCGAUGUCAUAUUCAUGAUCGAAGACGGCAAAUGCGUGGACAAGGGUACGCAUGAGGAGUUGCUGCAGAGGAGCGAGAGCUAUCGCGUGAACGUCUUACACCAGACGUUGGGGUGA